UUUCCCAGCAUGCAAUAUGCCGCGUAACUGCUCUCUCCAUUACCUCUCCCUCUCUGGACUACAAUUCCUAUGAAGCCUUGCAGAGAGUAAAGACUACCUUGGCGGGAAAGGAUGGCGGGAGCGGCGGCUGUAGGGCCGCGAGAUAUGCAGGACUUCGUCAAGGGUCUCUUCCGAGGGAGCCCUGACCUCAGCAUCCUCACUCAUGCCAUAGUGCGGAAGAAAUAUCUUGUCCAUGUUGGGCAGGAGAGUCUAACUAAAGAGGAGAAGGAGCAACUCAAACGGCUGGUAGAGGAACAACUGCUCCAGAUGAAGGCUGAUGAUUCUCCAGGUGAUGGAGAGUUAAUGACUGAAGGCCAGGCUGCUGGGAAAUCUGGAAGCCACAAAAGACUCCGUUGUACAUCCAGUAGUUCUGACGGUGAGGUCAAAAGCAAACAGGAGCAGAAGAAGCAACGUACCAACAAGAAGUUGGAAGUCAGUUCUGAUGAAGAGGAUUCUGGGAUUGAUUCAAAGAAAAUACCACUCCAUGGUAGACAAAAGCAUGCUCCAAAAUUUUCAAGCUCCUCUGACCAAGGAGAUUCUGGAGCAGAAGGUCACACUGACGGAUCUGGAAAUAACUGGCAAAGUGCAGGGAACAAAAGAAGGGAGAAGCGAAAGGCCAACAAAUCAGCCCAGAGGCUCCAUGUUAGAAGACAGAAGGACAGGUCUGAGAGUGAGUCAGAAGGAGUCACAGAUGAGCAACAGAGUGAUUCUGAAGAGAUUUCAGAAGACAAGGGUGCAGCAAAAGGUGAAAUAAUAAGCUUCGAGAAUGAGGGAAUACUGAGACACUGUAAGACUGAGAAAAGCAAAGGAUGUGACAAAGAAGGAAACCUGCCUGGUGUCCAAGGCCUAGUAAAGGACAGAAAGAUAGGCAAACAAAAGAGAACAAAGGAGUGUGAGUCUGAAGAAGAUGGUGAGCCAUCUAAGGUGAAGAAAAUAACUGGGAAGAAAAGUGAGAGUGAAGAGGAGAGAAGUGGCAUCAAUAAAGUUAAAAAGCAAACUUGGAAGACUCAAGUGGAGAGUGAGGAUGAAAGGAGGAGUGGCGCAGAGGAGAGGCCCAGGAUGCCAGGAAAAGUAGCAAACCCUAAACAAAUAAGGAAAAGUGGAAGUGCAAAGGAAUUGGGAAGCCAUUCAGAAAACAAGAGGCAACCUAAGCAAGGAGGGAUGAAGAAGACACACAGGAGGAAUAUGAGUGGGAAGGUACUGGCAGAUGAACAGGAGGUGAAGAAACAAGGGAAGCCCAAGGCAAGUGUGAGCAGUGAAGAAUCAGAAAGCGAGAUAGAGAAAUGUCAGGGCUUGGAACAAAAAAAGAAAGGAAUGCAGAAACCCAGCAGCAGUGAAGAUGAUGCAGAGAGUGGAGUCGAUGAGACGGGGAAGAGUGAAAGCAAGGCCAGGAGGAUCUCUCUGAGCAGCAAUGAAUCUGAGAGUGGAGCAGAAGAAAGUGAAAGUGGUAAUCAGAGAAAGAAGAGAGUUCUUGAGAAGAAGAGCAAGGCUGUGUCUGGGAGCGAAUCUAGCCAGGAGGAAGAAUUACCCAAAAAGAAGGGAACACAGAAGUCCCAAAUGAAGGUGGUCAGUAAUAGCCAAUCAGAUACUGAUUCUGAGGACUCUGGGAAUGAAUUGGUGGUGAAGAAAAACUGUCAAGGCCAGCAGAAAGCAAGAACAGGGAAGCCCCAAAGGAAGAGCAGCAAGGAAGAAUUAGAGAAUGAAUCUGUUAAGGAGGAAGAGAGCUCUAGUUCUGAAGAUGAAGAAAACUCCAGUUCUUUCAAACAGCGGCAUACAGGAAAGGGCAAAGAUCAUAAUUCUGGGAAAAGGGAAGAGCAUUCUUCCGUCCAGCGCUUGAAGCGCUACAUUCGGGAAUGUGGUGUGCACCGGAAUUACAAGAAGCUGCUUGCAGGUUGCCGCUCCCGCAAAGCUCAGGUGGAGGUGCUCAAACGGGAGCUCGAAAACCUUGGCCUGAAGGGGACGCCAUCUCUAGCCAAGUGCAAAGCCGUGAAGCAGAAGCGUGAAGAAGCAGCUGAGGUAGCUUCACUCGAUAUCAACAAUAUUAUCACCACAGAAGGCCGCCCAAGGCGUCGCAACGUCUGGAGUCUCUACAGCAAGCCUCUGGAGCCGCCCAGCUCCCCAGAGGAGCCUCCAGUCCGUCGUCGUGCUACAGACUGGUCCCACCUUCGCGGGGUCAUCAGCUCUGAUGGGGAAAGUGAUUGACUCUGAGGUGGAGGGAGACUAAGCAUUUAUGGAUCCUUUGUUGCCCUAGUUUUGAGGGGAAAUGUGGGUUCACGUAGCUUGACAACCUAGAGGGCUGUGUUCAUAACCCAUUUCCUUUUCUGCUCAACAUGUAAGAAAAAAGACCUUUUGAAAGCUGCUGUUAGUUUUUCCUUUUACCAGGAAAAAGGGAGGGCAUAAAUGUCUCUGCUGAGCCAAAUAUUUGUCCCCCAGGCAAAUAUACCUGCUCUUGAGAAGGAGAUCAAAGAAAGGGAGAUCAGGCAUUUCUUCAGAUAUCUGAGUUCUUUAAAUACUUUUAUUUUGCCCCUAGUUUUAUCUUAUUGAAUAUCCUUAAACAAGAAUGCAAACGAGUGCAUGUUGAAAGGAAUGUGUUCAUUUUAUGUAUAUUUUGGGACCCCGCCACUUUCCAUGUUUUUGAGGCAUUUUCCCCAUUUUUCUUCAGCACAGCCUAGAGGAGGAGUCCUGGUUCGAGAUGUCAUUGGGGUAGGUGGGGGUGGAUGUGCCCCUGUGACAUGGAGCACAUUGAAUGGUUCUUGUAAAUAUGAUGUUUCAGAUAUUUUAUGGUUGAAAAGUAAUGUGUUUAUAUUUGUUUAAAUAAAAAACCUUUUAGACUUCA